GACGUUACUCCAGAUGUUGUCACUGACGGCUGCGGCCUAACACUCUGUCCUAGGCCUAUGUUACCAGAAGGGGGAGAUGGAGGAGGUGCCAUACUCGAUGCAUCCUGGGAAAUAAACCAACAUGGGGAGCAGCUCCAGGCUUAGCAUGCCCUGCUAUUCCAGGGAGUAAGAGCCUGAGGUAUCCCCCGUCGCCGCCAUAAUACAGCCUACUGCGUCGUCACUUUCGCUAACCGGGGACUACUAUGUGAGCGGUUGAACGGUCUGCAUUGGAGGAACAGCAGCCUCUUCAUGAUGGACAGGAAUUACCCGACUCCCACCUUUACGGACCCGUUGGCUCCUACAUCUCCAGCCGCCUGGGCCUAUGAGCGGAGCGCGGCCGGAAUCAAGCCCAGUUUGAGUUAUGGAGCAGGACAUCCUUCUCAUUCAGAAACUGAGCUUCUACAUAGGCAGACCUAUGCAGCUACUCAUCAGCUUCCUGGAUAUGCGACCACACACCACCCCACAGGUCUGUCUGGAAUUUUUGAUGCUGGCCUGCAUGUGACUGGUGGGAACACUACGGAAACUUCAGUGAUGAAUUUUCUCUCUGCUAUUGAGUCUCGGACUGCCCAGGCAGCUUCAUCAGGGACAACACUCCUGCCCCAGUUCAGAGCUCCUUCAUGGCAGACUGGUAUGCAUUCCUCAGCAGCUACAGAACUGUUUGUUACAGGAGCAUUACAAACAUCUGGAACAUUUCCAACCUCUGCUCUUUCUGCGUAUCAGCACCCAAACACAUUUAGCUCUAGAAACUUUGCCACAACUCCAUCUUUAACACUUCAAGAUGGAACUUUCAGUGCAACAACAAAUGGUUUGCUCUCUCCACAUGAUCCUUUGUUGCAGAUAAAGACUUCACAGACACCAACUGCUUUGACUUUUGAACGUCUUGGCAGUGCUGUGUUAAGCACUGGCAUACCACAAUCCUCUACAUAUCGAUCUGCCCAGGAGUCUGCGCCCCAUCUUUUACAGCCACAGUUCAGCUUGUUACCAUCAGCACUUGGAGGAACACAACAGACUGCUCAGCCAUAUAGUACAUCAGUCUUCACAGGUUCCACUGCCUCCAUCGAAAGAGCACUUCAGAGAGAAUGUAGUGUUAUUAAACACCAUCAGAGGCCUUCAAGUACACAGUCUGUUCAGGCACAGCUAUCUGGUACUCAGCAUUCCCUACAAAAUUAUUUAACAAGUGCAAGUGGAGUUACAUUACAAGACUCAUCAAGACAGUCUGCUCUGUUAUGUGCUCCACUGGGAGCUCUAACUCAGGUGAGCAAUGGGGGACCAGUGCAGAAAACCUCUCAAGUUUCAGUGGAAUUAUCUCAAUCUUAUCCCUCUGUCAUACCAUCUCCUGGUUACCCUCCCUCUUCUACAAAAGCAAAAAACUGUCCUACAAAAGCACCCCCAAGGUCCUCAAAAACACCGAAGUCUCAAAAUAUAGUCUCUCCUGGGCAGGCCCAAAGUUACAGCAAGUCUUCACAGAACCAAAGUUCUGUCAUUUCAAGCCAAGCACAAAUAUAUUCCUCUGCACAGCUACCUAGUCUUCUUUCUGUAAGCCAGUCCCCUGAUUAUGUGUCAACCCAGUCCCCAAAUUUACCAUCUGUCAGUCAUUCACAAGUUUUUUCUACAAUCAAAUCAGAGAAGUUGCCUCCAUUGUACAAACCACUUACUGUAUUUUCAAGUCAAUCACAAACCAUAACCUCGGGCAGUGAAACACUAAGUUACUCAUCAGAACAGCCUCUUGCUCUUUCUUCAGUUUCCAGUGACAAUUACUCUGAUCAAAGGAGAGAUUUGUCUUCUGCUAACCAGUCACAAACCUAUACUUCCAGUAACACUCAGGGUUUAACUCCAGUUAGUCAACCGCAGGUUAGCUAUUCAUCUCAAUCACAGGUGAUGUCACCAGUAAGUCCUUCAGAAAGCUAUACUUCUGCACAAAACUUACCACUGGCUUCACCAUCUCUUCCAUUCUCUGCUUCCUCCCGUGGUCAGAAUAUGAACGCCUCAAGUCCAACCCAAAAUUUUAUUUCUAUGCAUUCAUCACAAAAUACAGCAGGAUCCACCUCACCACAGUCCCAGAAGUUUUUGCCAACUGUACAGCCAUCUUCAUUUGCAUCACCAACUCAUUCUCAGUCACUGCAGAAUAACAGAACCUCGACAGACUCAAAAGCAUAUGUCAAAAGGAAGUCUGAAACCAAUUUAUUUGCUUCAGUGAAACAAGAAGACAAGUUUCAGAUUCAAGAUUUGCAGUCAUUACAACAGCAGACUAAUAUAGAAUCUUCAACACAAGGAAUAAGUGAAGGAGAAAUAAGUGCUCAAGAGACAUCAUACAGUGUUUCAAAAACAGACGACCGAUAUGCUCAGAGUGUUAUUAAAAGUAAUUCCCGUCUGGAAGACCAGGUACUUGGACUUCAAGGAUCAAAAAAAGAUGAAAGAAUGAUAAGUCCAGUGGCACACAUGUCCCAGCACGUGGGCCAUGUAAAUAACUCAACAGGCCAUGAUGCCAAAAAAUCAGCAGAGUUGGUACAAUCCUCACAAGUAAGUGCUAAAGACCUUAGUCAACAUUCGAUAAUGCACAAAGUACAUGAUACAAAGUUGCAGGAGCAGUCCAGUACAUCGCCACAGAUUCAAGCUUUAAGGCAUUCUCAGCACCUACAGUUACAAGGUGCACAGGUACUUCUGGAUCCCGGCUGUGAUUUGCAGAUUUUUCAGCAGUCUAUUUUACAGUCAAGCCUGGGACAAACAAAGCCAACUCCAUCAUUGGAACGCAUUCAGAGUCCUCAACAGGUAUCCCACCAGUUUUUACAAAUGGAUGGACAAAUUAAUCAAAGCAAUGGAGGACAAUCUCAACAAACAAUCCACACUCAAGGUUCUGAAGUAAUAAAAAUGGAUACAUCAGAUGGAAAACAUCUGCAGUCACAUUUGCACCCAAAAGAUCAUUUUAACCAGAGAGCUCGACUUGAUUCUAAGAAUCAGUUUGAUACUCUUAAUCCAAUGUGUUUCACAGAAUCUAUGCUGCUUAGCGAUGAAAGGAACUUUUUGUCUCAUGUUGAUGACAUACUUGCAGCUACAGCAGCUCAAGAGUUUGCCAAAUCUUCUAAUGAAGAUAAUUUAUCUGUAAAAAAUGAGGAUUCAAAAUCACGCUUUCAAACUAUAAAUGUUAGACACAUGUCUCCAAACUACAGUUCUACAAAGCCGCAAACCAUAAAUGCUCUUUCUUUAAAUGGUGGCCAAACAGCAAUAAACCUUUCUACCGUUUCUGCGGCACAGACCAAAAAUGCAAGUCUAGAGCAAGCUAGAAUACAGCCUUUAGAGCAAGACAUUUCAGCAGGAAUGAGCUCACCUGUGCUUGGACCUAGCCAAGAUGAGCAUCAGAGCAGUUCUGAAAUUGGUAAUAAGCAUUCUAAUUCUAACCUGGAAUCUAAAGGAGUUAACAAUAUUCCAGAUAAUGGAAGGGACUCAGAAUUCCUUUCUGUUAACAAGAGCUUAAGUGAAGAAAAUGGUUCGUCUGAAGGAGAUUUUAUGAUGACUUCAGAUGAAAAUGCAGCAGGAACUGGCCAAAUUCAAGGACAGCAUCCAACAAAAAAUGAUCUACAAGUAAGCACUAGCUCUAGUGGCCAUAUAGAAGAGGACUGUCAAGAUCUAUCACAGGAUGGUAUUCAAAAGAUCAAGGGGGCAGAUAAAAUGCCCAUUAAACAGUUUGCAGAAGAUGAAAAUGCAAAUCAGAAGCAAGUUAAACGUAAUGUUACAUUAAAACGUCCCAUUUCCAAGAGUUCAGAUUCGUGUAUGCCAUAUUCUCAUGUUUCAGAAGGGUAUUAUGAUACAUACCAACACCAGGAAAAAAUGCGUCAAAAAAUAAAAGAAGUAGAAGAGAAGCAACCAGAAGUUAAAACUGGAUUUAUUGCAUCUUUUUUAGACUUUUUAAAAACUGGACCAAAGCAGCAGUUUUCCGCCCCUGCUGUUCGUGUCCCAAACCGCAUUCGGAGGCCUUGCACUCCAGUAAUAAAAGCACCUUGUUCUAGUCCACUUCCUCAGACACAAUCGGCUGCAACUAGCCAAGCUUCUGAUGUUAACAGCACAAGUUCUCCCAAAAAAACAGAAGAGGAAUUAAAGAAAAACCUGGAAACACUGCCUUCCUUCUCUUCUGAUGAAGACGAUUCAGUGGGAGGCAAUAAUGAUCUCCAGAAGAGCAUAUCUACAGCACUUUCUGCCUUGGAUGAGACUGGUGACAAAAAGAACAAAUCAGAAUCUGAUAAAGCAGCAGCUUUGGCAAAACAAGAGUCUUCUAAUUUGUCUUCUUCAAACAUUGCUCAAGAAAAGUCUAAAGGUUCUGAAAGCAACAAACCUGCCCAGCCUGAAUCCACCCAACCUGAGAUCCUGGCCAAGUCGCAAGAUUGCAUUGCACUUGAAGGUUUCACAGAUGAUGAAAACCAGGAAAGCGAAGGAGAGGGAAUUUACCGGGAGCGAGAUGAAUUUGUAGUUAAGAUUGAAGACAUUGAAAUGCUCAAGGAAGCAUUACGUACUGGAAAAGAGCCACCGGCUAUAUGGAAAGUCCAAAAGGCGUUGCUCCAAAAAUUUAUCCCUGAAGUGCGAGAGGAGCAGAGGUCAUUUGCUGCUACGAACAGUUAUCUUGGAUACUUUGGUGAUGCAAAAACCAAGUACAAGCGUGUAUAUGUGAAGUUUGUGGAGAACACAAACAAGAAAGAAUAUGUGCGUGUUUGUUCUCUGAAGCCUAAGAGCAAAAUUACAGUCCCUGCAAGGACCCCCCACACAAAGACCAGUAACAAAGCACCAGAAAUCUCUCCACCGAAAUCCACACCGCCUAAAGUUGUGACUGUAAAACCCAAAGCUAAGCAGCCAAAGACCAAGGCUGAGCCUCCACCAAAGAAGAGGAAGCAGUGGAAAGAAGAAUUUGAAUCUUCUCAAUCUGAUUCAUCUCCAGAUAUGCAAAGUGAUGAGGAAGAGUUUGAACCUCCACCACCACCGGUUACAACUCGCUUUUUGAAUACUCGGGCCAUGAAGGAGACAUUCAAAGGCUACGUUGAGUUACUUGUUGGAAUUGCAUUGGAUGGCGACAUGAUACAAACAUUAGAAAAAAACAAUGAUGAUGUCCUCCUGCCUCACAUGAGAAAGAUUGAAGGCAUGUUAAAUGACAACAGAAGAAGAUUACUUACAAAAUUACAGCUGAAUCAGCCUUUAAAGAAUGCCUUGGAGAACUACCCUGAUUCUGCAGUAAUUUCCAGAGAAACAAAAAACAAAUCUGGAUCCACCACUGUUUGUAAAAUAAAGAUGAGCGGCAAGUGGUAUAACAAAAAAACAUUAAGGCCGACUAAAACUGUUGGAAAACAAACACAGGAAUUCACUGUGGAACCAGAGAAAUCCCAUUUGUGUUCACUUUAUCAUGCACUCCAUCAUUAUAAAUAUCACAUGUAUCUCAAAUGCAAAGACGAGGUAUCAUCUGUACAGAAAGCAAACCGAGACAUGAAACAAGAAGAACUUAUCCAUCAAUGUCUGAAAAACAUGAAAUGGGUGGAGGACCUCUUUGAAAAAUUUGGUGAACUUUUAAGCCGAGUGCAACAGACAAGUUCUUAGGUCCAAACCUUGGCCAGCUCUCCUUACAGUAUAUCCCCUGACAGCACUAACAUACUGGAAGAAGAAGCUAAAGACUCAGAUCACCUCUAACAAGCCAGGCUGUUAUCUUCUGUAGACACUGCUAUUGAGAGUGCAGAUUCAAGUUCUGCAUCUGAAGAAGCUGUGCUGGCAACUAUACAAGCCCAGUUAUCGCAUGGGCUUUAAGCAGCACGUUUUACCCUGGCCAUUUUGUUUCUUUCUAUUUUGUAAACUAUUGGGUAAUGCUUUAUUUUUAUUUUAUUCUUUUUUUUAUUUUCCGCAAAAUGAUACAGCAUGCACUAAAUAUAGAAUGACUUUCUUUACGACUAUAACGAUAACACUUAAAAUGCUUUCCUACAGUUUCCUUUCUCUGCCUUUGUAUAAACUUCCAAACCCCAUGCAAGGUUUCAGGUGGAGGUACAAGAAUAAUAUUUACAUUUUUAAUGGUCAGACCACCACAUUUAGAUUAUUGUACAUUUUGUAAAACAAAGUAGAGAGGACAUUACCUAUGAUAACCAUCGUGAUUAAAAAUCGUAGAAAUUCUAAUGCUUUAUUGAAUCAUUUUACAGUUUAUUGUUCAGGAAACUGGACAUGGAGUUGGUGCAAUCCUAUGACUGCUUUUUGUGUCAAAUUAUAUUAUAAUGAAAAAAAAUAUUACCGUAACUAUUUUCCCUGUUCUGAAGAAAACUAUUUUCCUUUAUACUGUGUGUUUCUUUAAAAAAAAUCAUUUGUACAUUUUAUCUCACUAAUAGUUGUAUUUUUCACAGAGAAAAUAUUGUGGUUUAAAAUUAUGUUUAAUGGAUCUUUGUAAUACACGUUCCAUUGUUUUCAGUGAAUCCUGAUCAUUUAUAUGUUGAUUUCACAUUGUAUGCAAUAUAUCUUAAGCUAGGCUUUUCCCCUAGAUGUUCGCUACAGUGUUAACCAGCAAAUGCAUAGCAGGUUACUUUAGUUUUUAUACGUAACUCUGUUAGACACUGCAACCAUUUUCUGAUCCUUGGAAAUAAAUCCCUUACUAAACCUGCAUUUGUUCAACUGAGAGUCGUCUAGAGAAACUUUUGCAGUCUUUCCAUUUCAGAGAGUUUAUCCAUAUAUCAUUUUCAUUUGUUGUUCUAAAUGUUGUUUUUUUAAUGGGAGUGUUGAAUGUUUAAUAGUUUAAAUAAAUCAAAAAUUCUAAUUAUCGUCAUGCACCCCAUUCCCACCACGCAUCAUUGGCCCAAGUCCAGGAGACAUGGGCUAAUCAAAUGAGAGAGGAUGCAUUGUAAACAAUGUAUUUAUUUUAUUUUGCACAUUGAUAUUAAAGCCAUAUAUGCCUUUGCAUUGGCAUAGACAGACCACCCUGCAGAUGUUAGUGUUAUUGGGUCUUCUUAAAGGGACAGUACACUAUAAAAUUGUUUUUUCAUUAAUGUAUUUUCAAUGACUUGUUAUACCAGCUGCAAAGUAUAAAAUAUUUGAGAAAUUUCAUUUUCAGGUGGAUUUGUGUAUAUGAAGUAGCUGGUUUUGUGCUUUGAAACCACAGCCUAUUACAAUUGGUUGAACCUAAAGGUAAUAUCAGAUCUCCUUAUGUUAAAAGAUAAGGAAGCAGGUCUGUGUACACAGUUAUAUUUGUCUGGAACACCAAAGCUCAAUACAUGGAAUGAACAAUGGAAAAUGAUAAUGUUAUUACUUAACUACCUUGCACCCCACUGAGAGUGUAACUUCUUCUGCUGGCUGUGUUUACUUAGGCGUGUCAAUAGCGUAUACUCCAAUAUCGAAACUUUCAGUAUAGGUGGCUAUACCACAGGCUAAAUCAGCUCCAGUUAAGGAGCUACUUGUAAACUAUUUAAUACACUCUAGCAGGUAAAAUUGGAUCAUUGGGAAUAAUUUGAAGGGGAGAACAUUUUUGGGUGAACUGUCCCUUUAAUUUAAGAAUAUGCGUUGCUUGUUUGUGAUGCAAAUUUGCUUUAUUGUCUGAUCUACUUUCUAAAGAAACUAGUCAGAAAUUCAAUAAGAUCCAUUCUCUUGAUGAUGCAAACUGUUUAGUUGCCAGAUAUAAGAAUUUUGACUUUCACAUUGUUGAUGUUUCAGAACAGGUAUGUCACAGACCUAAAACAACCUGAUAAUGAAGCAAUACUACAUCAUAAAAGCAACAGCUUUGUACACUUGGUCUUGUGUCACAUGUUUUAUAGAACAUAGAAGUCAUUUAUGGUUGGUUUCUGCCCAUGGUUUAAGCCAUAUUCCUUAAAAGUAGAUAGAUUAAUCAGUAUUUGGCCCAUAACUUGUGCAAGCCCAGUUGAUAAUUUAUUGAUUUGGCCAUGAUAUAUGUAAUACUGUAAUAGCAAUGCUGUAACAUCAGCCUUGUGUUCUUUGUUGAGAUAUUGCACUAGCUAGUAGGUAACUCACAACCUAAAUUUGUUUAUUUCCUUUAAAUAAAAGGCGACUAUAUAAUCCAGCAUUGAAUUCCUGGUUUGCACACCAGUCUGCCAUUUUAUAUUUAACAUAGUGCCACAAACCCUUCACUGCUGAAAGGGAGACUACAAUGUAUUAUAACUACACAAUUAAUUUACUAUAGCCAAAAGACUUGCCAAAUGUACUGUAAUGCUAAAAUCCUGCCUAAAAUCCACAAAUAUAUAUAUACUUGCUAUGCUAGUAACACGCAUUUUAUUAGAUUAAUAUCUUCACAAGUUAAAAACAUUGCAGUUACAUACUUUACAUAGUCGCUUGUUUAUUUCAAUAACAGGCUAGAUAAGCCCAGUGAACUUUAUUUAACAUUAACAAAUUAGCUUUCUAAGAUGUACAAAUAAUGUGUUUAAAUAUACGGCAUAUAUUGUAUAUGUUUUCAAUGCAUCUUCAUGCUUUAGAAACAUUCAUUUUUGGCAGUCUCCAGUGGGAUAACAAAAUCACAUCUGUGUCCAAGACUUAUAUAUAUCUUAUGUGGUGAAUAGUGUCGCUACAGGUGUAUAAACAAAACUGUUCGCUCUGCCUGUAUUACAUUUAUCAAAGCUUAUAAAUAGUCAUUUAUGUCACAGGAUAUCACAACCUGUGCCAGCAGUCUGAAUUAAGAGUUUCUGAAUCAUGUAAAAAAAAAGGUGUAUUAAUAAUUUUAUUUGUACACAACAUUUAGUGAUUGUUUUGCUUUAUCAUUUAUAUUUUGCAUUCAUAUUUGGUUUGUGACAAUCUAGCUAUUUUGUUAUAGCACAAUCUUUUAAAACAUUUUAUUGUUAUCUUUGAGCCUUUGUGGGUCCUUUUUUUUUUUUUCUUAUCCAUCAUUAUUUAUAUAAUCUAUUUCAUUAAAUUCCAAUGUUCCUCCCAGUUCCUAUUACAUUUCUCAUUCAGCUCACUUUUUUUUCCCCUCUCCUCUAAUUUCAAAAAUAACAUUGUUAUCCUUACAGAAAGGGGAUUUGUAAACUCCUCAUUUUCAAUGUUUGUAUGCACCACAAAUAUACACAUUAUCAAACCCG